AUGGAUAGAAACUUGGAUGUGUCCAGUGAGGAUGUUGUUAAGUUAAUUUUGCAAUAUCUUAAGGAGAAUGGUUUAAAUAAAACGCUGCUGGUUAUGCAGGAAGAAACAGGCGUUUCCCUAAACAGUGUUUCGAACAUCGAGUCCCUAAUUGCAGACGCACAGAUGGGUCGCUGGAGCCAAGUUUUAGAUGCAAUAGACACAAUGAAGUUAUCGCAGGACACUUUGUAUAAACUAUACGACCAGAUUGUCAGGGAACUUGUUGAUUUAAAGGAGUCUAAAUUGGCGCUGCUAUUGCUGGAGAGUUGCACGCCACUCAUAUCAAUGCAGAAGACUGACCCCGAUAAUUACAGAAGACUGCUGGACCUGUGCAGAAACAGGCCUAGCGACUCUAAGGAGAUAUAUGCAGGCCUGUCAACAGACUCCUCGCAUCAGCACUUGACCAAGGAGAAGAAGAGGAAUAUUGUGGCGGAGGCUCUUGCGAAGGACAUCGAAUAUGUUCCCCAGUCACGUCUUUUGGCGCUGAUCGGCAUGGCCCUGAAGUGGCAGAAUCACCUGGGCCUGAUACCUCCCGGAGACAGGUUUGACGUUUUCAAAAGCACGUCCAAGACGUCGGACGAAAGCACCCAAUUCGCCAAAAACAUUAAUAAAAUUAUUAAGUUUGCGGAAAACUCACAUCCCGAGUGCGCAGUUUUUACUCCAAAUGGGCAGUAUUUGCUAUCAGGGUAUCCCUUUAGUUUCACAAUUCAUUUUAGAUCGUCCGAUGGCUUUAUCGAGGUCUGGAACUGGAGUGUGGGCGCCUUGGACACUGAAUUGUCGUACCAAGCGCAGGAUCAUUUUAUGCUUCACGACACUUUAAUCACAUGUUUGGCAGUCAGCAGAGACUCUGAAGUGCUGGCAAGUGGUGAUCAAAGGGGUAACAUCAAGAUUUGGAAAAUAGGCACUGGGGAGUGCCUGAAGUCAAUGAACAAUUCGCACAACGGAGCUGUUACGUGUGCAACUUUCAGUAGAGAUUCUUCCAACCUUUUGACUGGAUCGUUUGACUCCCUGGCAAGAAUACAUGGAUUGAAGUCGGGAAAGCCGUUAAAGGAGUUCAGAGGGCACACCUCCAUAGUUAACACUGCGGUGUAUUCAAAUGAUGGCACGAAGGUGAUAACUGGGUCCAGUGAUGGAUUCGUUAAAGUGUGGGAUUCUAGGUCAUGCGAGUGCCUAAAGUCAUUUCCAGCAUUCACUCAGCGUGAAAACGACGAUCCGGAGGGGCCUCUCAUAUCCAAAUCGGUGAAUACGAUCGUAAAUUUGGCAGGACAGAAUGACCUGUUUCUCGUGUGCUCAAAGUCGCCAGUAUUAAAGGUGUUUAACCUAAGUGGGAACUGCCUGAGGCAAUUUACUCCCGAAGAGGUGGAAAACGUGUCAUUUCUCGAUGUUUCAGGUACCAGGUUCGAGAUACAACUGCCUUUAGCUUCCAAAAGAUCGGAGUGGAUAUACGCACUCGGGGACGACGAUCAGCUGUAUUGUUUCAACUAUAAAUCCGGAAAGCUGGAUAACGUUCACGACAAGGAGGCGAUAGGGGUCACACAUCACCCAUACAGCUCGUUCCUGGCCUCUUGGGGACUCGACCGCACGAUUAAAAUCCUGUGCCCCUAA